AUGGGAGGAGUCAGUAGAACAGGAAUCUCUGAAUCAUUCUACGAGGGCCAUUUGCGUGCCAACCUUAUAUCACAGGGGGCUCAGAGACAUACUAAGACCCCAGAAUCGCCCAAAUCUGCCGAAGAGGCCGCAGCACUGUUGGAGUCGACUCCCCUUCAAACGUUUGCCUUGCCUUCUCUCGCUUUGGUCGCGGUGAUACUGGAAAUACUGCCUCCUUCGAAAGAUAGCACCACCAGCGCAAUCAGUAGUGUUCUACCGGAAGACGACAAAAGCCUUGAUAUAGAGCAGGAGCAUCAAGAACACAGCGGAUUUGAAAAGCUCGAACAAAGUCAGCCCUCCGUUGGGGUUGUGGCGAAUGCCGUUGCGGCCAAAAGCUCAAAGCUGCAGCAAGUGCAGCAGCGUGACCUUUUUCUGCUCGAGCAGAGACAAAUGGCUCUAAGAAAUGACCUUCGCAGCGGCCUGAUUACUUGGACAGAAGUCACCGAAUGGAAACUGACGCUUCUUGAAAUACAGAGACUCAUACUACGGAUCGUCGAACUGAAGAUGCCUCCGACAAUAGCCGCGUUACUUCCUCUGCCCCAGCAAAUCCAGGGCUUCCUGCGCCUACUAACGGCCGCAGUAACUGCGUCAUCUACCGUCCAGCAUUCCUUUGGCCUAGAGGGUGCCCAAGAGGACCAGCAAACUGGACAACAACAUUCACUAGCAGCCGACGAGUCCCCCACUGCCCGUAGCGAUGCCAGCAUUGCAACGACAGCUACAGGAUUUGGUGAGCACACUAGUUGCUUUUGGAGGGGAUUUUGCGGGGUCACACUUAGGAGGAGGCAGAUGUGUGAUGUGCCGCUAAUGGUAGACGAAUUUAGUGAUUCGGACUUAUCUGGGUCUGAGGCAGGAACUGAGUGCACAACCACGACAAAUUCCACAGCCACUGAAACUACAGAGUCCCUCUUGGGAAAGAAUUGGUGGUUUUAUGCGGAUACGGGUGUCCCAUCUGCUAGACAUUUAGCGUAA